GCAUGCAGAUCUCCAGCUGCUCAAUCAUGGCCAAAACACAAGCCCUGCUGAUUAUUGGAAUAUUCGCUUUAGCAGGAUUUGAUGGAUGUUUCUCCGUUGUUCCUGAGGAGGAGAAGCACCCAAACUUUUGGUAUGUAAAGGCUAAAGAUUCUCUUCACACAUCGCUCUCAAUGACGCCCAACACGCACCGCGCUAAAAACCUCAUCCUCUUCCUCGGAGAUGGCAUGGGAAUCAGCACUGUGACUGCAGCAAGAGUCUUAAAGGGACAGAUGAACGGGAAAACGGGAGAAGAAAGUGUCUUAGCCAUGGACACCUUCCCGUACCUUGCUCUGUCCAAGACCUAUAAUGUGGAUCAGCAGAUGCCUGACAGCGCAGCGACUGCCACUGCUUAUCUCUGUGGUGUGAAGGCAAACUACGGCACUCUGGGACUCAGUGCGGCUGCGCAGAGAGAAGUCUGCAGCUCUGUUAAAGGCAAUGAGGUCAAAUCCGUCCUUCAUCAGGCCAAGAUGGCAGGGAAGUCGGUUGGUAUAGUGAGCACAGCACGUGUCCAGCACGCGUCGCCUGCUGCCAGUUACUCGCACACCCCUGAACGAGGCUGGUACAGCGAUAAAGAGCUGACGUCUGAAGCAGUCGCAGGAGGAUGCCAAGAUAUCGCAGUCCAGCUCAUCACUAACACAGAUAUAAACGUUAUUUUAGGUGGCGGCAGGCAGUAUAUGUUUCCUCGGGAAACCACUGAUCCCGAAUACUCCACAGUCACAGGGAGCCGGAGAGACAAGAGAAAUCUUGUUGAUGAGUGGCUAAAAAACAGAAAAAAUGCUCAAUACGUGUGGAAUAAACAACAGUUUGAUGCUGUAAAUGAGGACAAGACAGAUUAUUUAAUGGGGCUUUUUGAGCCAAAGGACACCAGGUAUGAGCUUGAGCGUGAUUCUAAGAUGGACCCGUCGCUGACAGAAAUGGUGGAAAAAGCCAUAAAGAUUCUCAGGAAAAACCCCAAUGGGUUCUACCUCUUUGUGGAAGGUGGGAGAAUAGAUCACGGCCAUCACGCGGGACAGGCCAAAUACGCUCUGACUGAAGCUGUGGAGUUCGACAAUUCCAUCGAGCGAGCCGGACAGCUGACCAGCGAAUUCGACACCCUGUCUGUGGUCACCGCUGACCAUUCACAUGUGUUUUCUUUCGGUGGAUACUCCUACAGGGGCAACCCUGUGCUGGGUGUUUCCUAUUCAAAAGCUGAAGAUGGAAAGAGAUUUACCAAUGCGCUUUACGGAAACGGUCCAGGAUACCAGAUUACUAACGGGACUCGACCCGACAUCAAUGAGACCGUUUCAGGCCGUGAUGACUAUCUCCAACAGGCUGCGGUUCCUCUUGAUUCAGAAACUCACGGCUCGGAGGAUGUGGCUAUUUUCGCUAAAGGCCCAAUGGCGCACCUCUUCCACGGGGUGCAAGAGCAGAGCUACAUUCCUCAUGCUAUGGCCUUCGCAGCCUGCAUCGAGCCGUACAGCGACUGUCAGCUCAACGGCUCUGGUGUUUAUACUCAGUUCAGCAUCGCUGUGCUGCUGAUCAGCCUGAUGUCCUCUAUUACUGCUCUCAUUUAACCUGACUGCAUGCUUCUACAUCCCAGUAGAGGUGAUUAUAGUUUAGCAUUUGAGCAAUCCUGUUGUCUUAGACUGCAUGUCCAUUGAAGGUUUUUUUUUUCUUAUUAAAGUGGACCUAUUAUGCCUCUUUUUACAAGAUGUAAAUUAGUUUCAGCUCAAAAUACCACACGUUUUCGAAGCUGCCCAUUUUAGAUUUCAAUCCAUAUUGUGCCAUUGUAAUGACUGUCGCUUUAAAUUCAAAUGAGAUUUUCAAAAGAGGGUGGAGUUACAAAAGGUUGUGUGUCACCAUAGUUAUAGAUUCAAAACAAGAUUAACGUUAUCUGUGUGAAAACGUGAAGAGUCUCAGAAGAAGGCAGUCUAUGCAGACUCCUGUCGCAGUUCAAUUGUGUCUUCAUCUAAAACUCCACAUUUAUAAUCCUCUAAAACUAUGCUGACAUUAUCUUCAGCAGCUCAAACACUCUAAUGGCGGAUGGCUGCUUCUCACUCAGGGCUUUUAUGCUAAUGAGGGUGAGAUCAUUAUAAAUGGGCGGGACUUUUCCUGUCUGAUGACACGUACAAAGUUAGAAUGUCAAAGUUUUGCAGAUUAAUACAUUUUUACCAUUAGCAGCUGGUUAUUUUCAACUGGUUAUGUUUAAAUCCCUUAUUAUGAAAGUGAUUUUUGCAUAAUAGAUCCCCUUUAAGAUACUGAAAUCCUCUGUGAGGACAUACAUUUUUUAAUUCAUAGGUUAAUUAAUUAAUUAACUACUGAGCUUGCUGUAUUUCAUUCUUUAAGUGGUGGACAAAUGAUGCUUGAUAUUUGUUAAUAAAAUCUGACAUUUAAAAAAACAAUUACCUUUACAUUUAUAUAGUAUUUUAUUAAUAUUUAAAGUAAUAAGUAAAUCAUUUGCCUUCUCAGCGCCGACUUUUGUAAUGUAAUAUAAAUAUUGUGAUUCGUUUGUUGUAUUUUUAGGAGAAAAAAAUCGUAUUAUUUUAAAGAAGUUGUGUUAUUGUUAUUAAUAAGUUGACUGACUCGAAAACCUUUAAAUGUAUUGUGCAAAUCCUUCAAAAUGUACUGUGAAACAUAAAUAAAUAAAAAGAAAAGCAGUUAUUAAACAUUAAA